AUGGAGGAAGUGCACUUCACCCCGAUGCCACAGUCGACGUACAGCGGAACCAUCUCCACGGUACUCUGGAUCACUUUUGGGGCGAUGUCAACGAUAUUUACGCUCCUUCUGCUCUUCGACAGCGUGCGCCUGUUUCUGGUGCAGGCCCUCGACAUGCUCCUUCACAGCGGAAAGGGCGUCUGCAGGUCCACGCAACUGAUGGAAGGCAAGACGGUCAUCGUCACCGGAGGAAGCUCAGGUAUAGGCAAGGAGACGGCCAAGGAACUGGCCCGUCGUAAGGCACGCGUCAUCAUCGCCUGUCGGAACAUCACCAAGGCGAAGGAAGCGGCCGAAGAGAUACUCGACUGUACUCAGCAGAAAGUCGUAGUCAAGCACCUGGACCUGGCCUCGUUAAAAUCGGUGCGGAAGUUCGCGAAGGACAUUCUGCUCACGGAGCCCAGACUGGACGUGCUCAUCAACAACGCUGGAAUGGUGUACCAAGGAAAGAAGCUCCAACUGACGGAGGACGGCUACGAAGUGACCUUCCAGACCAACUACCUGGGUCCCUUCCUUCUCACGUUACUGCUCGUGGAGUUGCUGAAGGAGAACGCGCCCAGUCGCGUGGUUAACCUGACUUCGCUGAUGCACCAUGUGGGCGCCACGGACCGCAUGGAAGACAGGAUCCGGGGGAACACUCCGUGGACCAGUCCGGCGGCUACGUACAGUCACACACAGAUGGCCGUGCUCAUGGCCACCUUCGAACUCGCCAGGAGGCUCAGGAUUCACGGUAUUCAGGUAAAUGCUGUCCAUCCCGGCACCGUGAAGACGGCCAUGGUCGGUCGAGCAUCAGGCAUGAGUGGACUCUUGUUCAGCCUGAGCUACUGGCUGUUCGGAAAGACAGCCAAAGAAGGAGCACAGACGUCUAUCUACGCGGCGGUUGACACAACGCUGCUCCGACAGACCGGCUACUACCUGGCAGACUGCCGGAAAGGCUGGCCCAGUUGGAGAGCUCGCAACGACGAGCGGAACCGGAAGCUGUUCGAGAUGUCCGUCAAACUCGUUCACCUAGAACCCUCCGAGUUGGGCAGAAUUUUCGAAAGGAUUUGUUACUACAGUGCUGCCAGAUCGAAGGAAAUACUGCAGGGAUAG